CUUAACUGGAAAUAUUUUAAUAUUAAGAAAAUAAGUAAGACAUGAACGCGGCACUAGGACUUGAACAAACUCCUGAAUCGUAAAGAGAAAAAGCACCGGACUAAGAAAUUCCGCGCUUCGGGCUCCUCCCCCACCCGGGCAGAACUUAGCUCUGAGGUCGGGAGAAGAGUGCGCCUGGCACCGACUGAAGGUGGCUAUUGUGACUUCCCGGGCCCCGGAAGGGGUGGCUCAGUGCCAAGGGUGUGACCUGGUCCAAGGCCCUGGGAAGAAACUGCCCUUCGUCCAGGCUGCACCCAAGGAGAGCGGUUCUGGGCGAGAGGGCGUGUCAAAGGCGGAGUCUCAGGCUCCACCCCGAUCUCCGGUCCGCGCCGCUCAGCGCCCGCGUGGUUCUCAUACAAUUCACCCUUAGGGGCUGUGGUCCUCAGCUGCCUUCGGGUUGAGGUUGCGCUGCAGAGAGGAUCAAUCCCCAAGGUCUGACUGUGACCCGGGCCCAGAAAAGACCAAGGAACGCGCUCUUCGGGCAGACCUGGACGCCACCGGCUUCCAACAACUAGUCCGGGACCGAGAGUCUUGGAGUUUUAAACAAGUGAGCGGCCCCAGAAGGACAGGGCCGGGUGGCCGGCCAUUGGGCUCGCCAUGGCUGCGCACGCCCGCCGUCUGUGCCAUGUCGCUUUCCAUGUGCCUGCCGGGCAGCCGCUAGCGAAGGACCUCCACCGCCUCUUCGGCUUCCAGCCCCUGGCGGUGCGGGAAGCAGGCGGCUGGAGACAGCUGGCCCUGCGCAGCGGAGACGCGGUCUUUCUAGUGAACGAGGGCUCGGGCCCGGGGGAGCCACUGUACGGCCUGGAUCCGCAUCACUCGGUGCCCAGCGCCACGAACCUGUGCUUCGACGUGGAGGAUGUGGGCGGUGCCGCCCGGGCGCUGGCCGCACAGGGCUGCGUCGUGCCGGUACCACCCACCAGCGUGAGGGAUGCACAGGGCACAGCCACCUACACGGUGGUCAGCUCUCCGGCUGGUAACCUUAGCUUUACGUUGCUGCAGCGUGCUGGCUAUCGCGGAUCCUUCCUGCCCGGAUUCAGACCGCUGCCUUGCACACCUGGCCCUCGCUGGGUCAGCCACGUGGACCACUUGACCUUGGCCUGCACCUCUGGCAGCUCCCCUACACUUAGGCGUUGGUUCCAGGACUGCCUAGGGUUUCGUCACUUGCCGCUGAGCCCAGGUGAGGAUCCGGAGCUGGGCCUCGAGGUGGCUGCAGGGUCUGGGCGAGGGGGACUACGGCUUACUGCCCUGCAGAUCCCACCUGACAGCACCGUCCCCACCCUCGUGCUGGCAGAGUCCCUGCCGGGACCCACCAACAGACAAGACCAGGUAGAGCAAUUUCUAGCCCGGCACCGGGGGCCAGGCCUGCAGCACGUAGGACUGUACACUCCCAACAUCAUGGAAGCUUCUGAGGGGAUGGCCAAGGCGGGAGGCCGGCUCCUGACCCCUCCUGAAGCCUACUACCAGCAGCCCGGCAAAGAGGAACAAAUCAUAGCUGCAGGGCACAAGCCUAGCCUUCUAGAACGGCAGGGAAUUCUGCUAGAUGGCGACAAAGACACGUUCUUGCUUCAGGUCUUCACCAAGUCCCUCUUCACUGAGGACACCUUCUUUCUGGAGCUGAUUCAGAGACAGGGGGCCACAGGCUUUGGCCAGAACAACAUCCGGGCACUAUGGCAGUCCGUGCAAGAGGAAGCUGCCAGGGCCCAGGGAGCAUAAUCCGGCAGGAUCUGGGAGUUGCCACGAGUCCCAGGUGCUCUGAGGGGUGCAGCACAGGCCUGCUGGAACUGACACACCUCCACAGGACCACACCCCAAAUAGAGGCCAUCCGUUCCGGCCAGGUGGGGGGGUCUUUGUUUCAACCAGUACCUGCCAAUUCUAGCGUCUCUUACUGGACUCCAAAGAGAUGGGAUUUAAAAGAACACAUCUAGGUAAUGUAAAGAAUAAAGGACUGAGGCAUAAGACAGCA